AUGCCAACAUUCAGUCUAGGCCGUCUUGGUCGCUUCCAAAUAUCUCGUCUUCCUCCUCCAAACACCUCGUCGCCAACAAAGCAGCAUGAUUUACCUUCCAGUCCUCCACCAGAGUAUACCAAAAUUGCCGAAAUUGAAACCAAGUUCCACGCUCCAUCGAAAGCUCAGCCACCAGAAUGCAAUAUAGAGCAGGUACGUCGAUUCCUUAUCGAGAUCGUUGCGAUUACCCUUGGCGCCAACUUCGACGAGCUGAACGCAGCUCUCUACGACAUUCCUGCACCAACCGGCACGAACACAAUCCUUUGCGACGACGAGCGCGCAAAUCUCCUCUCCCAGUCUAGCAUCGUCCGCAAGGUCCAUAGGCGCUUCGUAGACAAUGAAAAGACGAGGAUAGAUCGAAAGGACGAAGAUAAAAUCCUCGCAACUAUCACCAAACCUGUGGAGAGCUUUUCAGACAACUUUACAAUACCCUCGUACUCUUUGGACAUGAUAGGAUGGUACGGCGAAGAAGUGCGAUCGCCGUCUGGUAUACCCUGGGCGUCUACCAUCCCUGGAUUUUGGGAUACAACACCCCCGUGGCCGUAUACAUCUUAUGACAAACGGCCAUUCGAAUCCAGUAUGAGGGCAUUCUUUGUCAUCUUCAAGUCUGUAUCGCCUAACGACAGGGUGCACGGCAUACUAUGGGAAGCAUGGGACGAUUCACGGAGACGUUAUGGCUUGGGUGAUUUGGGCGAUCCGAUUAUAUGUUGGCCGCUGAGGGGGGGAUAUGAGGACAUGUGGAAAUCGCUUCAGAAGAUGACGCCGUCGGAGCUUUGA